GCGUACCUAGGCCGAGGCCCGCCCCGCUCGCAAGGCCGCAUCUUUAUUUGAUUUCGUUCAUGGUUUUUGGUUAGGCUGAAGUUUUGCGGGUCGGGUUAAACUCGGGACCUCCGCCAAGAGGCCCCGUGUGUUUCUGUAUUUAUUUAUUUUUUUUGAUUUCCAAAAUGGCAGCCUCCAGCCGCGCACGAGUGUUAGAUCUGUACCGGGCGAUGCUGAGAGAGAGCAAGCGUUUCAGCGCAUACAACUACAGAACAUAUGCUGUCAGGAGGAUAAGAGAUGCCUUCAGAGAAAAUAAAAAUGUAAAGGAUCCUGUAGAAAUUCAAGCCCUAGUGAAUAAAGCCAAAAGAGACCUUGAAAUAAUCCGUCGACAGGUCCACAUUGGCCAACUAUAUUCAACUGACAAGCUGAUCAUUGAGAAUCAAGAGAUGCCUAGGACCUAGGGAGCCGGGGACCAGCCACCAGAGGCGGCCGGGGACCACCUUCAGUAUCCACUCUCUCCUUGGGAUGGGGGCUCCCAACAUCAGCUUAAAAUAGCCUCUUGCUCUGCCUGCCUUGUAGGAGCUGAUAAACUGAAUCACAUUUCCAUUCUGUUGCAGUCUUAGUGAAAAGGGCAGCCAUCUCUCCUGGGUUCAAGGGUCAGAAUGAAGAGCUGGAGCUCACUCUCAAGUAAUGUGUGUUGUUAUGUCUCCUCUCUACCCUGCUCCUAUCCUGUAGCUCAUGACCACUGUGUAGAUUUCCAGACUUUGUUUCCCGGUCCUUGACAAUAAACAAUUGUCUCCCUAAGCCUUUCACACCAGAUGAA